GUCAUGUAGUACAGACAAACAAUACAAGACAGAUUAUUUGAAACCUGACUGGAAGUCCCACUGGGAAUUGUUCAUCGACAAAACAGCAUGAAACGUCUCCCUGAGGAAAACGUUCAAUACUUAAGUGUUAUUAAUGAAUACACCCUUCUCAACAAUAAUUUACCUGGCGCAAACCAUUGGUCGAUAUCAGAGGCAGCUUGGCACAGCUGUUUAUUGAACACGAAUCUAAAAAGAAACUCUCAGCGGGGAGCACCCCUGGGGAUCUCUCUGCUACAAAGCAAUUCAAUAUUUAUACACUGACGUAGCCAAUCUCCACAUGGCAUGCUUUUAACUUACUGAAAUAACAUUUAUAACUCAGUUGUGUAUAAUUUUAGGUUUAGAGAGAUGAGAUUAUAAAAUGUUGAAAGUUUGAUUUUUCAAUAAGGAAAUUUUAUGAUGCAUUUAAAAGUUGACAGGAUAUUAUUGUGAUGAGAAACUAUUUAUGAACCUUUCCUAGGACAAGAUAAUAAAGAGAAAUAAAAUGUGAUCUCAGCCUCUGAACAUAUAAUACUAGAUUUUUUAACACACGGAGGAUAUAAAAAAGGUCUUAGAAAAAAAGCUGUCAAGACAUACUGUUUUCUACAUUCCAGAGAUGUCGAGAAGAAAGCAAGCAAGACCAAGAUCUUUUAAAAGAGAAGAUGAAGAAGACCAAGAAACAGAAGAAUGUGAUGAUAAGAAAGUUAUGUUUGACGAAGAGGCAGACCAAGUUAUUGUCUCUAGAGACACACCAUCCGAGUAUAAUUGUGAUCUGUGUGGUGACAGUUUUAACAGCAUGGACCAGUUCAUGGACCACAGGAAUACAGAUUGUCUAACUGGUAACCUGUCAGAGAAGAACAGCUGGCAUACAGAUGGCUUUGACGAAAACAACAAACAGGAACAUGACUCUGUGGAUUCUCCUGAUCUUGACAAUGGAGAGGAUCUCUCUGGUGAGGAGGAGGCCAUGGAAGAAGACUUUACCCCAGAACAGGUCCCAGGGGCAGAUGUUGUAUCAGAGAAUAAUCCCUAUGGCUGUCAGUUCUGUACAAAAGCUUUCCCCAGACUUUCAUACUUGAAAAUACAUGAACAGAUACACGAAGAUAAACUACCCUUCAAAUGUGAUUAUUGUAAAAGAUUAUUUCGACACAAAAGGAGCCGGGACAGACACGUAAAAAUGCACACAGGAGACAAGAAGUACAAGUGUAUGCAGUGUUCUUCUGCAUUUGCAAGGAGUGAUCACUUGAAGAGCCACAUGAAAACACAUGACAGUGCAAAGCUGUACCAGUGCCACCUAUGUAACAGAGGGUUUACAUCAGGUCCAGCACUGACAGCUCAUCAGGCCAUUCACAAAAGUGACAUGGAAAGUCUACAAUCUGUUCGUUGUAUGAAAUGUGACAAGUUUUUUCUAUCUGCUACAGAACUUCAAGCCCACAUGUCUGUUCAUAGUUGUGAGGGUAGUCCUGCAGAAAAAGUGUUCCAGUGCACUUACUGUGGAGAAAUAUGUAUGGGGAAGAAAGCUUUAGACCAGCAUGUUGAAACCAGUCACAUGAAUGACAGAAGGAACCAGUGUCCAGUCUGUCAGAAAAAUUUCUUCAGUUAUGAUGCUCUUUGUAAUCACCUGAGUGUAAGCCAUAGAGAAAGUCCUGUAUAUAAUCCUGACCAGAGUCCUGGGAAAUCAAAAGACAUGUUAGUCUGUCCGUACUGCUUCUGUAGUGAUUUUGACUCGCUUGAAGUUUUGGAAUUACACAUGCAGAGUAUACACAAUGUACGCUCCACAGAAGUGUACACAUGUAACUACUGUAAUGCACCGUACCAUAACUUGUACAGUCUACAUGAACACAUGAGAGCAGUACACCAGAACCAGCCAUGCAUGGACAUUAAAUAUCCAUGUACACUCUGCUCCAGACAUUUCUCAAGUAUAGAGUCAUUAUCUAUUCACAAGAAAGUUGCCCAUUACAAAGAAAAAAACUCUAGCGGAAGUUCAGGUUCAAGAUCAAGCUCCGUAGGUUCUGAUAAAGAUAAAAGUUUAAAAGUAAAGCAGGAUAUUAGGCCAGAAAGAAGAACACCUGAUAAAACCGUUCUAAACUUUCCAAAAAAGGAACCCACUGAACUUGUAGAAAUUAAAGUUCCAACAUAUACUGCAAGCCAUCUAAGAACUCCUAAUCAAACUUUUAGCAAUCAGGCAGACAGAAGACCAUCACCGAGCAGUAUAUAUCUAUCAAGUCCAACUGAUGCCAAGCGAACUAUGAAAGACUCCCAAUUAUCAAAGAGUCCAAGUCACAACAGGUCAUCACACCAAGAGUCCAUCACCUGUGACCACUGCAAUGCCACAUUUUAUGACAUUAAGAAUUUCCAGGCUCAUGUUAACUUACACAUUUCCUCUGCAAUGGUGCAGUUUACGUGUAAAGUGUGUAAAAAUCAAUUUCCAACAGAGGAACAAUUAGAGAAACAUACAUCAACACAUUUCCUCAGCAUGACCACAGAGUAUGGAUGUACUACUUGUAUGAAGUUAUUCUCCAAACCAGAUGAGCUUCAGAAACAUUUGAUGGACAUCCAUGCUCAUCAUCUGUUCAGGUGUUCUCUAUGUAAAGAGAUAUUUGAUUCCAAAGUUAACAUCCAGGUCCACUUUGCUAUAAAACAUAGUAAUGAGUGUAAGCUGUAUAAAUGUACCAAAUGUGACUCUGUGUUCCGAUCUGAGAUGGAAUGGGAGGUCCAUGUCCGAGUCAACCAUCUACAUGUAGCGAAACCUUACAGGUGUUUGUUUUGUAAGGAAAGUUUUACAAGUGAAAUGGAUCUACAAUGCCAUUUAACAACACAUAACAAACUGUAUCCUUGUCCAAUGUGUGAACAAUCAUUCCAUGUGGAAUACCUGCUGGACCUUCAUAUGCAGAAUGCACAUGGUAACUCUACUGAUAAGCAGUUAUCUCCCUUGAAAAUUAAAGCAGAACCAAACCAGGCAACACCCGAAAGGUCAGAAGUUCAGAUUCCACAGUAUUCUCCUAGUUCAGCGCCAGGGAUUUGGAAGAACACAGAAAUGUUACAUACUUGUAAUAUAUGCGAUAUGAAGUUUGCCCAGCAAUCUGGUCUGAUGAAACAUAAGGCUAUCGAUCAUGGAUUGUCAAAUAAGCGUAGAUGUAUGAGUCCUAUUGCUAAUGGUGAUGAAUUUAUAAGUGCUCCAAAACAGGAACCUGCUGAUGUUCCAAUGUCAUUUGCAUCGACCUCUAUGUCACUCCCUGUUGUUGUUGUGAAUGAUAAGUUUCAUUUAGCUUGUAAAUACUGUAGUCAAACAUUUAAGAACAGAAAUGACUUGGAUAAACAUACCAAAAUACACCUGAAUAAUGGUAACUUGAAAUGUAACAUUUGUGAUGAAGUUUUUGAAACCAACGGUAAUUUAGCUGAACACAAAUUGUCCCACUGUAAAAUACAGCAAGGGAAUGAAUGUGUAUUGUGUAAAAUUCCCUUAGCAACAGAAGAUCAGUUUUAUUUACAUUCACAAGAACAUGGAUUCCAGAGUUCAUACAUGCAGUGUAUUAUCUGCCGACAGACUUUGGUUACCAUGACAGAACUCCAGAUGCAUGGCAACCAUCAUUUUCAGAUGAAGUCAUUAGCAAACUCUUGUUGUGUUUGUUACAAAUCAUUUGAUAAUAGGGAAAAUUUAGUAUCAAAGAUCUACAGCAAUGGAGGACAAUACUUUGUGUGUAAAACAUGCUACCAUGGUGACAGAUCAUCCUAUCAGUGUAAAGACUGCAAUCUGAUGUUUUCAUCUAAUGAAGAAUUGGAUCGUCACUCAAAAACUCACAAACAGAGAUACCAGUGCAUAAAAUGUCAUGAAUCCUUCAACAGUGAGGAAGAAAUUCAGGCCCAUGUGACACAACAUUUGAUAAAUGAAGGAAAUAUACAGGAAUGUAAGCUUUGUAACACAUCCUUUGAUUCACCAGCAAAAUUACAAUGUCAUCUCAUUGAACACACAUAUCAAAACUCAGAAUAUGCCUGCAUUGUUUGUUUGAAGGUUUAUAAAAAUGCAGCUGAAAUUCAGGCACAUUCCUUUGAGCAUGAUUUAGAAGCAAGACUUUAUCAUUGUUCUGAGUGCAGCAAGAAGUUUUUCUUUAGUGCUGAACUUGAAAAUCACCUGUAUCAACAUUCCACAAAAACAUCAAAAUCUCCUAACCCUGUGGUAAAAUCUCUCAACUUUAAAUGUGAUAAAUGUGACAAAGAAUUUAUCAGUCAAAUCAAUUUAAACAAUCACCAGAAAAUCCAUGAGAAAAGAGAGCAGAAUUACAAAUGUUCUCUUUGUUCUGAAGUAUUUGACAGUAUGGCUUGGUUACAACAACAUUUCUUCUCCAGUCAUUCCAAUGCAGACUUGAACACUGAGAAGAAGACUUACAAGUGCACAGAGUGUGGAGAAGAAUUUGCUUGUACCAGUAGUUUACAGGGACACAUGAGGAUACACAAACCUGGGUCAAAGUUUCCAUGUCCAGUCUGUCAGAAGGUGUUUGCCUUGGCAAGGAACUUAAACAUUCACAUGAGGUCACAUAGUGGAGAGAAACCUUAUGAGUGUCCAGUAUGCCACAAAAGAUUUGCAAGAAAAGAGAACAGAAAAGCCCAUAUGAGAUCUCAUGGUGGUAUUAAACCAUUCUUAUGUCCUAUGUGUGGAAAAUCAUUCACAAGGAAAUGUCAUGUUAAAGAACACAUGAGAACACACUUUCUACAGGAUGAAAGCAAAAUAGAAUCUUCAGACAAGAAGGAAAAUGAUGAUACAUCCCAAACAGGCGACCUUGAUAAAAGACUAGAGGGUGGUAUUAUUGUUGAUCCCUUAUCACCAAUGGAUGAUGAUGAAAUCAUAAGUGCUACAAGUGAGGAUAGUUUUGAUACAGAAGGGUUAUCUGCUCUUGGAGAAGUAAAUGAUGAAGAGUUUUCUUAUGUGGAAGAAUCUGACUGUGAAGACAGUGAAAUAAAAACUGAAAUUCAGGAAUAGAUACAUAUAUCAUGAUUUCAGUUAUUAAAGCUUGAAGAACAAACUUUUGAUUCUAUACUAUUUAUUGAUAAUUAUUUAUCAUCUGUUUUUAUCAGAUGGAAAUUUGAAUGUUAUUAUAUGCUAAAAUUGAUUUACAUUGACAGUUUACUAGGUUUCUGUUAUAAGGAGCAAUAUUGUCAAUUUAUAUCCAUUAAUUUCGACUUUUCAGAACUUUAAAAGUACAACUGAUCAACUCAGAUUUUGGGUAAUGACAAGGGUAUAUAAACAAUGUGGUCUAUUGACAUUGUCCUAAACAUUAUUUAUUGUCCUUUUCUGUUAUCUGCAAGUUGUAUAAACUGGUAAAACAAAGAAAGAAUAAAAAGAGCAAUAUAAGCUAUUAAAGCUAUGUAUCUGUGGUCUUUUUUUAGUCAUUUGGAGGAAAAGGUCCAUGUAAGCUAUUACCAUCAUUUGGCAUCAAUUGUCAGUCUGCUGUUAGCGUUUUCAAAUUUUUUCAGAUAGAUAAGAUCUACAAAUAUUAGAAAAUCAUAACUGAAUUCGGGGAAAGACUACUUAUAGCCCAAAAAAUAAUAAAUUCAAGAUUGCCUUUUAAACAUUUGAACAUUAAAAUGAAGUGUUUACAUAAUUGGAUUUAUAUUUUAGUAUAAAGUAUUUCAGCAUUUGAAGGUCCACAAAUUGUCCAUGAUUAGUGGUGUAUGUUAAAGACUGCUGAUCUAUGUAAACUGUACCUCAAUGUUAUACAUAUAAGUUUAAAGCAAACAGAAUGUAGCUUCUUUGGUUUUGUCAGAUUAGGAUAAUAUGUAAGAGUCAAAUAUUCAUCCAGCUUCAAAUCUGUGUCCUUUUCACAAAGUUAUUCCUUUUCCUAAAUUCUUUACAAACAUUACCGUUCUAAAAGAGAUUCAAAAGAUAUGAAUGUGACAUUCAAACUCAUUUAAGUCGAAAAACAAACUGACAACACAAGGGCAAAAAACUAAAAACGACAAAAAGACAAACGGCAGUAUAUAAAACACAACAUAGAAAACUAAAGACUGGGCAACAGAAACCUCACCAAAACCAUGGGUGAUCUCAGGUGCUCUGGAAGGAUAAGCAGAUCCUGCUCCACAUUUGACAGCCGUCGUGUUGCUCAUGUAAGUACAAACCUGGUGAUAAGUCUAAUUUGGUGGGACAGAUUUGAGGAAUAGAGGACGGAGUGUGGUUAUGAAAAUUGGAACAUAUCUGUCGUCAUCUGUGAAACAGAUAUUCCAUAAUGAUCAACCAACUUGUGAUGGUGUCAGUAAAAUUUUCGAAGGGAUGACUUCAACUUCACUAUUUGGAACUCUUGAUUUAAUAACUCCCUUGUGAGCAGCAACCCUCUAUCAAGGAAGUCAUGAUAGGGAAUGCAAACUCUGGAAUAUAGUAUUAACUGGGAGAUGUAUACUCUUUUCUUUGUUGCAAUGUGUAUGUUCAGCUGCAAAUGUUUUACUUGUUUCAUUUUGGACUAACAUCUAGUUUUUGUAGGACUAGCAUACGCAUCAUGUGCUGCCUUGAAAAUCUUCAGCUCCUUGUGUUUCAUUUAACUAAAGCAUUUGCUUAGUGAGUGAGGGUUAAAGGUUUGCUUGCUUAUAAAAAAGGGGUUAUAUUGGGUAAAAUUUCACAGGACUGAAGUCUAUCAAUAAAAAAUUGCAAGUCUAACACAUUAUAUAUAUACAGAUAGGUCAUAUAGAAGGCAUAUAAUGAUAAACAUAGUAAAUGACACUAUUAAAUUUAGGCAACAGUAGUUUACUGAUGAUGUAUAGGAGUUAUUGCCCUUAAAUGACAUUUUUUUACCAAUAUGUUUUUGGCAAAUGAAACGUUUUUUGUUGUUGCUUAAAGUGUGAUAGAUUAAGCUUUUAUAUAAGACCUGUAAAAAAGUUCAUACAGGCAAAUGGUAGUAUAGAAUUAAAUUUUGAUAAUUGAGCAUAUUGUUCAUUUUUUGUUUUCAUUUUGAAUAUAAUAAAACGUUCAUGAUUAG